CUAUCACAAAUGGCCGUCCCUGAUUGAAGGUCCGAAGAACAUGGCAAUGGCUGCUGUCUGUUGUUAUUUCUUUUUCACUGAAAUUUGCUCUCGCUUAUGAUUCAAGCUUUAUUAUUCUGCUCCCAAAAUAAGGCCAAGUCAUCCUCUCACAAAUGUCGGUUCCACUUCCACUGACGGACUGUUACAGUGAUUUAGUCGAUACAGAGGAGCACUUGGAGGCGGAAGUGGUCCGUCCAGCGAUCGAAUGGCUAAUGAAAGAGAUUCACGACGGAGACCGACGCCGACGAACCACCGAUCUAGGGUUCGAAUACGGGAAGGAAGGAGGCCGAAAUUCGACGAGAUUGCCCAAAUUUUCAAUCUUAGUUCUUCUGUUCUCUCUCAUCCACAAUUUGGAUGGGUGCUCCGAUCCUUUCCCUCCAGUAGAAAUUGCAUAGGAUUCUGGAAAGGAAAUUCUCGCAAUGAUGCAAGUUGGCGAGAAAAUGGCGUCACAUAUACGUGGGCAAACCAAGAACCAAGAACCAAAAGCCAAAAGCCAAAAGCCAAAAGCCAAAGGGGAACGUUCUACUAGGUUUUUUGAUUGUUAUGAGACUGAGACGACAAGUCGUCGUGUGCAGUCGCAUUCUUGACUGAUUCUUCCAAGUCGGGUCUCCUUCCGAUUAAAUUAGAGGAAAACAGGAGGAAAAAUAGUUCUUGUUCUUGUUUCUGGUCUCUUUUGGGACCUCGGGUGAAAGAAGCUGCAUCACGCCAUGCAUGAAGUUUGAAGCUUGAUGGCUCUCCUGUUCUUGUGGGAAUUUUCAUCCUCUUGGUUCUAUGCCGGUGUUGAACCGAUUGGGAAAUUUGAACUUUGAACAAGUCCCAGUUAACCAAUUUGAGGUCACUGUGGGAACUUUGACUUUUCGUCAGAUUAAACGCGGGUGGACAGCUUGACGCCAUACUCAUUUGAUUAAUCCUCCGCUGCUCCAUCUCUCUCUCUGGUUUCCCUUGUCUGCAAAAUUCUCUGCAGCCAUGGAAAUUAGAGACGGUGCGGGGCUGAUGCUUUAUGUUUUGUUCCUUAUCUUGUCGCUGGUUCCUCAACCAUCCACGGCAGCCGAUUCCAUCUCUGUAAACCAGUCCAUCAGUGGAGCCAACACUAUCGUUUCUUCAAAAGGCGUGUUCAAACUUGGUUUCUUCACACCAGGUAAUAAAGCUAGUUCUCCCAAAUAUUACAUAGGCAUCUUGUAUAACAAAGUCUCUGUCCAGACUGCUGUAUGGGUUGCAAACAGAGACGCACCAAUCUCCGAUAGAUUUUCUUCUGCUUUAAAAUUCUUAGAUGGUAAUUUGGUUCUCUUGAACGAGUCUGGAAUCUCCGUUUGGUCCACCAAUCUGAGUUCCACGCCGUUGGGAUCUUUGCGAGCUACCAUUCAGGACGAUGGGAAUUUUGUGUUGAAAGAUGGGUCUAAUUCGUCAAAACCUUUGUGGCAAAGUUUUGAUUUUCCAACCGAUACUUGGCUUCCUGGGAGUAAGCUUGGACGUAAUGUAAUUACUAAAGAGACCCAAUACUUGACUGCCUGGAAGAACCCGGAGGAUCCUGGAACAGGGCUCUUCUCUCUUGAACUGGAUCCUAAUGGAAGUAAUGCGUAUUUGAUUAUGUGGAACAAAACUAGACAGUACUGGUCCAGUGGACCUUGGAAAGACAACAUGUUCAGCUUGGUUCCUGAGAUGAGGCUCAAUUAUAUCUAUAAUUUCAGCUUUGUUUCGAAUUCGAACGAAAGCUAUUUCACCUAUUCCAUGUACAACUCUUCUGUCAUCUCCCGGUUCGUAAUGGAUGUGACGGGGCAGGCAAAGCAAUUCACAUGGCUGGAGAGCUCGAAGCAGUGGAAUUUGUUCUGGGGUCAACCAAGGCAGCAGUGUGAAGUUUAUGCUCUCUGUGGAGCAUUUGGCAGUUGCACCGAGAAUUCCUCACCCAUAUGUAGUUGUGUGAAAGGGUUCGAGCCGAAGUCGAAUCCUGAAUGGGAUUUGAAAGAAUAUUCUGGUGGGUGUAGAAGAAAAACUAAAUUGAGGUGCGAGAAUUCGGUUGCCAAUGGUGAUGAGGACAGGUUCUUACUGAUGCCUUAUAUGGAGCUGCCUGAUCUUCCACAGUCCGUGGAAGUUGGAAGUGAGGGCGAAUGUGUAUCAACAUGCUUAAGCAACUGCUCGUGUAAUGCUUAUUCUUAUGAGAAUGGUCAGUGUGAAAUUUGGAAUGGAGAUCUCUUGCAUAUGAAGCAACUGUCACAAAGCGAUUCGGGUGCCAAAUCUCUGUAUCUCAGGCUGGCAGCUUCUGAGUUCUCGAGUAGCAAGAAGAAUACAGGAAUGAUCGUUGGUGUUAUUGUAGGCUCAGCUGCUGGUUUAGCAAUUGUGCUGGUUUUGGUUCUUCUUCUUCUGAGAAAGAGGAGAAGUGUUGGAAGAGGAAAAGCAGUGGAGGGUUCAUUGGUGGCUUUUGAGUACAGAGAUUUGCAAAAUGCAACAAAGAAUUUUUCACAUAAACUUGGGGGAGGAGGUUUUGGUUCUGUCUUCAAAGGGACUCUGGCUGAUUCGACCACCGUGGCAGUGAAGAAGCUGGAGAGUGUUAGCCAAGGAGAGAAGCAAUUCAGGACAGAAGUCAGCACAAUCGGGACGAUACAACACGUUAACCUGAUUCGGCUUCGUGGAUUUUGCUCAGAAGGCCAAAGAAAAUUGUUGGUGUAUGAUCACAUGCCAAACGGUUCUUUAGAUUCUCAUAUUUUCCAAGAAAAGAAUCCUAAUGUUUUGGACUGGAAAACAAGAUACCAAAUUGCUCUUGGGACGGCAAGAGGGUUGGCUUAUCUGCACGAGAAGUGCCGAGAAUGCAUUGUACAUUGUGAUAUCAAGCCUGAAAACAUACUUUUGGACUCUCAAUUUGUCCCCAAAGUGGCUGAUUUCGGCCUGGCCAAGCUGUUCGGACGCGAGUUCAGUAGAGUCCUGACAACCAUGAGAGGUACAAGAGGGUAUCUGGCGCCUGAAUGGAUCUCUGGAGUGGCAAUAACAGCUAAAGCAGAUGUUUUCAGCUAUGGAAUGAUGCUUUUCGAGAUCGUAUCGGGAAGGAGAAACUCGGAGCAAUCUGAAGACGGGACGAUCAAAUUUUUCCCAAGUUCGGUUGCAAACACUAUAUGUGAAGAAGGUGACAUCCUCAGCCUGUUGGACACAAAACUAGAGGGAAAUGCUGAUGUACAAGAGCUGACAAAAGUGUGCAGAGUAGCCUGUUGGUGCAUCCAAGAUGAAGAAGCUCAAAGACCAUCAAUGAGUAAUGUUGUCCAAAUCCUUGAAGGCGUUUUGGAAGUGAACAAACCACCAAUGCCGAGAUCUUUACACGCGUUUAUCGACAGUCACGAGCAUCUCGUCUUCUUCACUGAAUCGUCAUCGUCUUCAUCUUCAGGCAAAAAUUCCAAAACCAGCACAUCAACUUCAUCAUCUCGGGCCAAAAGCAACACAUCUUCCACGAGCUCCAAGUCCUGAAUUCCUUCCAAGGUGUUGCUCUCUCCCUUUCAUCCAAUUCAGUAUAUAUUCUAUGUCUCUUUGGUCUACAAUAAAAGCUUAUUUUUCAAGGAUACUCUCCUUUGGUAACGUGUUAAUGUAAAUCAUAAAUCUUAAAUGGCUGAGGGAUCUUCAUUUUCGUUUUCACUUGGAUAUCCACAAUCAUAUAUAUAUAUAUAUGUUCUAAACUUUCUGAUCA